AUGGAAAGCAACGCCGCUGACCAGUAUGAGAUCCAGCCACCUGGAUCUCCGCUGCCAUUAGAACUGCUGAUGGUGGUGUUUCGAUUUCUGGACCCCGGAUCGCUGAAGAACAUGGCCCUUGUUUGCAAAACCUGGUAUCGUCUAUCAAAGGACAACUCUAUGUGGAUGCAGAUAUUCAAGGAGAGAUUUAGCAGUAUCGGCUCUGUCUUUCCACGCGUAUCGCGCACAAGACUAUGGCGGACAGAGUUGAUCGAACGAGAGACGCUCAUAAAAAACUGGAAGAAAGGAAAGGGUGUUCAUAACACAUAUAAUCUGGAGAGCCUUUUUUACACUACCGAUCUACAGUGCGACUUCAAGACCAACAGACUCAUCUCGUUGAACAAGAAUACAGGAAAUUUGGUGACUUGCAGCCUGAACAACGGCGCCAAUAUCGAUCUGCAACCGUCUACAAUCCCCAGCGGCACUACUGCCUACGCCAUGAGCAAACACAGUAUCGUGUUUGGAAGGUGGGACAGCAAAGUCUUCGGCUCACUUAUUAACCACAAGAAUAUUCUCUUAUCUGGAAUCAAGGAAUUCAAAGGAGCUGGCCAUCGAGGGAUGGUUACGUGUGUAAAUGUCAACCAAACAGAGCUAGGAAAAGAGGGCAAGAUAGGAGCAAUUACAGGGGACGAAAAUGGAACUAUUGUGGGCUGGGACCUAAAGAAAGGUGCACAAGUCGCGCAUUGCAAGAUCUGUGAAGCAACGAUCGCUAAAGUUGACUCGGAUUACAAAGAUGUGAUUGUGGUUUUGGAUACCCAAGGAGCGCUAUAUGUGGUGAAAAAUAUGUUCAAUGUUUUUGACUGCACGCCUGAGGUCCACGAACUACAGGUAUCGCUUGAGAUCAAUCCGCAGAAUGUGAUGUUCAUGAAAAUGUACGUUGAUUACGGAGACAGCAACAUCGUCUUGAUCGAUGAAAAUACAGUGGAAAUUAUAUCUUACAGAGACAACCUUGUGAGGAGAUUUGUCACUGAGGAGCCUAUUUACAAAUCCAGCUUGGAGCAAAACAGCACUGCAUUUACCAAAAGGGAUGUCGAGCUCGUGGGAACAGACCCGUUGUUUUUGGCAAUUUUGUUGAAAUCAGGAAGAGUGCUGGUGAUCAAUGUUCGUGCGUAUGAGUAUCAAAUCCGGCCGGUCCUGGAUAUCCUUCCACGGCUUGCCUACGAAGACGAUGAUUAUCAACGGGUGGUGGCAAUAAACCAAAACGUGGAUCUGCCAGCUCUUUCAGAGAUUGCAAUAAACUCGUUGGUGGUUGCAGUAGGAUCUUACAACGGGAAAAUCGAAUUUUACGACAUCACUACAGGAGAGUUUUUCAGAAAAAUAGCCAUCAAGUCCAGCUCGAAAAUGCUUCAGCAAGUGGGCAGCCAGCUGCUGCCAAUCACCAACAUUGUAAUGGACCAGUCGCUUUCCGCUGGAGUGGUUGCUUAUGGUUCCAUGGUGCAGUUUUUCAAGUUCGGAGACUUUUACAAAGAACUAGAAACAAAACGCAAAAAGAAGAAUUUCAAAGAACGCAAGUACAGCAAUAAUCAUAUCAAAGAAGCUAUCAAGGACUACGAAUACGAACUUCAUGAAGAGGCACAGACCGCGUCGAGACUCCAGAAGUACAACGGAGACCAUCUCGAAGACUCUGACGAAGAGCUUCAAAUGGCAUUGGCUCUGAGCAUGUCAAUCAAUGAAACUUCUGUUGGCUCACAAGAGCAGGACGAUGAUCUCUUGGUGGCAAUAGAAUUGUCCAAACAAAUUAUCUGA